AUGUCCAACUCGCCCAUCUCACCUGUUGAUAUGCGUACAUUUGAAUGUAGCCAUGCUGGAUGUGGUGCUCUGUUUCCUAGCGAAUACGAUCGUGAACGUCAUGUUCGUAUCGCCCAUCAGAAGAAUGCAACUGUCACGUAUCCCGAUGCAGCAUCUAUAAGCAACUUGCACCGGCACACGAAGGAAUGCUAUGGCGCGGACGACACAACGGUCGUGAUGAAUGCUGACACGUGUGGUAACGACGAUUGUGCUGACGUCUCAGACGAGUUAGCACCAGUUAUGCAACAAGUAAUCAUGAAUGUUGGAUCUUCGAUUGCUCCACCGACUGCAGAUGAAGGAAGGCCCAUCACCAGCGACAACCGCCUUCUAAGCUGGUUUUAUUCUCAUCUCAAGUGGAAUCAUUAUGUCGCCGAUUGGUGCUUUACUGGUGCGACUAUGCAAGACCUGGUCGACCUUAUGAAACCAGUUGAUACAGGCGACGCUAUACUGCAAUACGUUAUAAAGGCCGUGCGAUUGUAUUUUGACUGUAUGCACAAUAAUAUUGAUUCGAUGGACUACUUUGUCCGGCGCUUACUGAUGCAUGACGUUGCGCAGGAACGAGUGCCCAAGGUUGGUUUCCAGAAACUAGGAGGCGAUGGUAGCGUCCACAAGUAUGCUACUACUGGUGUACAUUUCAUAUUGUUCUUGAUCCGAUCCAGGUAUAACAAGUCAUUGUAUUUGCUGUCUCCGCCUAUCGCAAUAACCAGUCUUGUUGAAUCUCUUGUCCUUGUUGCCACCGCUGAAACGAAAAGACCAGAUGUGGAACGGCAGUAUACAAGUGCACGACGGUUAAUUCACAAAAUGAUGUUGAUCGCGCUCAUGGAAAAAAAGCUGCUGAACACCCCUCCCUCUGGCUACGUGCUCAUACGGUUCCUCAUAAUCAACUCAUUGGAUUACACUGGCAAGUUUGUUCCUACCCGUGAUAUAACCCCGGUCAUCGCAAAAUUGAAGUAUUGGUUACGACUCGUGGUCUUAUGUGACAUCAUGCAGCCGUCCGAAGUCGAUCAUGCUUUAGAGAAUCUCGAUGUGAUAUUGGGCAUCAGUAACAACUCCUACCUUGCUCUGUAUGAUGAGCCGAACAAUACCACAAUCGGGUAUUCAUUCGUGUACGACGAGCGCAACGACCUGCACAGCCAUUAUCAGUAUGUAUUGCGUAAAAUAUUGAACGAUCCCAAAUUACACGAAACAUACAUCGACGACAGUACUCUGGCUGACCUUCAAGCUGGUCAUAGCAGCGAAGUUGCUGGUCGGUUUUACUCGCGUUCCGAUCAGGACCCACGACAUCUUGAUGCAACAACUGCCUUCGAAUAUUAUCAUUUGUCUGCAAAGUGGCAGGAUUUGCUGGGUGUCGGACCAGGCAUUUAUGAUUUCUCUGCAGUGACGGAAGCAAUGCGAACAGCCGCCUCAAAACAAGAUCUAGCUGUGGCUGCAUAUCAUCGAGAGAACCAGGCUAUCCGUGAACGAGUCGCAUUGUUGCAGUUUGAACAACAUCGGUCUACAGGCUUUGGAAGCGUUACGGCUGUCAUUGAAUGCGCCUAUGGCAUCGUUCAAGUCUUCGGCACAAGCAGUCGCAAUUCAACAUGCUUUACUGGGACAGAAUGA